AUGACUGACGAAAUGAUCCUCUACGACAUUGCGAUGGCCCAACCCCGCACACGCAACGUCUGCUCCCCCAACCCAUGGAAGGCGCGCCUGGCACUGAAUCUCAAAUCAGCGCACUACCGGACAAUCUGGGUCCCCCUCCCCUCCAUCUCAAGGGUGCGCAAGAGCCUCAACCUCGCCGCCGGACGCAAGUUCAACGACGGGACCGACUUCUACACCCUGCCUAUUCUCAAGGACGACGCCCUCUAUGGCGACUCGUACGACAUUGCGCUCCACCUCGCCUCUCUUCAUGGACCUGACCUCUUUCCCGACCUGGGCCUGGACUUUAAGCUCGACAGCAGCGUCCCCCUCCUCGUCCCCCUAACCGACGUCUCUGACCGCCCUCAUCCGGCCUAUGCGAAAUUCAACAUGGCCGUCGACGCAGCCUUCACGGCCCACACGGGCCUCUCGGCCUUCGGCUUCCCCUUCGACCCCAGUACGCGAGAGGCGACACAGGCCGAGUUCGUCCGCCGCGCAUCGCCCUACGUCACGAGUUGGCAGGGCUUUGAGCUGGCCGGCGAAGCGCGGGCCAAGACUCUGAAAAGCCUCGAGAAGACAUUGGGCCCGUUGUCCGGGUUAUAUGCAACAACCGACGGCCCGUUCCUGGGAGACGCGGCCAGUUACGCCGACUGUAUCGUCACGGCAUGGCUGGCCAUGUUGGCAGUCACACUGCCAAGCGAGGAGUGGGCCGCAGUCAGGCGAUGGCAUGGCGGAUGCUUUGGGAGGUUGUUUGAUGCAAUGGAGCCGUGGCGGGCCGUUGAUGAGGGCACGGACUGGGUCGCAUAG